GCACAAUGUAUCCCAGAUUUGUUAUUCUACCCGCACUAAUAAGAUGCGAACCGGCAACUACCUGCAUUGUGCCAGAAGGCAGCGUAUACACUGUUUGACCCGAACACAAGAAGUGAGUGAACUCCUUGGGUGGAGGUUGGCGCACCUUCCAGCUUGUUGAUGUUUAUCAAGACCUCUGUUCAUGUCGUCACUGCUGAAGAGCUUCAAGCAAAGUCAUGGGCGUGCUGUUCCGCGGUAGUGCCCACUCUGUCAUAUCUGCAAGUAAAGCAUUAGAAUGCGACUGCCUCAGCAAAGAGUUGUAUAAGCAUGGCUGGAGUAUAUGAGGGCCUCUUCUCGCCUCCCAGGGUUUGUUUGGAACUUCUUCUAUCAGCAUUCCGACAUACAUCAACAUUGGCACACCCUUGGAUUUUGAUCCAAUUGUUAGCUACCUAUCUCCAUCCACCGGUAUUCUUGCAGUAUCUUCUUCUGCCCUGCUCCUCUUCAAUCUACACUGCCACUCACCAGGCCCUUGAGUCCUCUAGUCCAUAAUCUUGUUUUAAGAGGCGCAGAAAACAUGCAUCUCCAACAUCUCCUCUCGGCCUUUGCUUUGGCAGCCGGCGUGUCUGCCCAGAUCGAGGACCUCGAGACAUCGAAAGAUUUCCACCUCUAUAUCACGGAGAGCUCCAACUCGACGCUGGUCGGCUGGUCCAUCUUUGCCUGUCACGUCGGACCCCUGUCCAGGGUCUUGUGCAUCACAGAUGACGGCAUCCUCGAACACGCCAGCGCGUUUACCCACCAGCAUAAGCCCGAGGACGACGAGGACGAGGACGAGGACGACGAGGACGAGGGCAAGGGCGCAAUUGGCCCGCUGCUGUCCAAGGCAUACUACAAGCAAGGGGCCGAGACCAAGUUUGUCGAGUCGAUGAUGGUUGUGGGCACGCAACUCUGGUCGGACCUCGCCAUCCCCUCGCUGCAAGUCAACGACGACGACUACAGCCCCGUAGGGUUUGAUGAUGACGACAACAUGUACCUGGCCGCCUAUGGCGACGGCAGCCACGAGGCGCCGGCCGACAAGGUCACCCCAUGGGACCCGUCGCAUGCAAUGUACAACUGGUACGCCUGCCGUGACACGCAUGUCAACAGCUACACUUAUCAUGCCAUCAACUGGGCUCUGGUGCCUCCUCCAAACGAGCCAGGCUGCGAUUCUGUCACUAUUCAUCGGGUUUUCGAGUGAGGUUGUUUCUACAAGGAUAUCCGGUCCGUGGACUGUGGAUGUCAGGCUCCCAUUGAAGUGGUUCUCGGGUUUUGGUGGAUCCAGUUGGGUGAAUCAGGGGUUUUCUAUGCACUUUAUGGUUUUUUGAUUGUUACUUUGUAGAAUUGUACGGUAUUAGUUGAUGACCAG